CCAGGACCAGCAGGAACACCAGGACCACCAUGACCCCUCUGCUGCUCUUGGCGCUGCUGGGCUGCUGCCUCCCGGCUCAGACUUGGGGGCAUCCCGGACCCGGACCCGGACCUGAAUCUGGACCUGGAUCUGGAUCUGGGCAGGGUUCCGGGUCCAGGACCGGGUCCGGGUCUGUGGAGCUGGAGCGUCUCAGUCUGGGCUUCAACUGGAAGAACCUGUCCUGUCCCGUCUGCAAAGCCAUGUUCACCAUCCUGGACAUAGCACUGAUGAGUGACACCAAUGAGAAGCGGGUGGCGCGGGCGGUGGGCGAGGCCUGCGUCCGGCUGCACCUGGCCGACGAGCAGGUGUGCCGGGAGAUCACGGAGCUGUUCCGGGAAGACUUCAUCCGGGCCCUGCAGCAGUCCCUGCUGUACCCCUCCGAGGCCUGCGGGGUCCUGGUGGGCCCGUCCUGCGGGACGUUCGACAUCUACGCCCCCUGGAACGUGUCCCUGCCGAAGGUUCCCAAGCCGCCCGUCAGGCCGCCCGCCCCGCCCAAGCCGGGCUCCCCGCAGAGCCGCGUCCUGUUCCUCACCGACAUCCACUGGGACAAGGAGUACCAGGCCGGCGCGGCCGCCGACUGCAAGCAGCCGCUGUGCUGCCGGAAGGACUCGGGGCCGCCCGGCUGGCGGCGCAGGGAGGCCGGCUACUGGGGCACGUACAGCAAGUGCGACCUGCCGCUGCGCACCGUGGAAAACCUCCUGGAGAACGUGGCCAAGACCGGGCCCUGGGACUGGGUCUACUGGACCGGGGACAUCCCGGCCCACAACGUCUGGUCUCAGACCCGCCAGCAGCAGCUGUCCGAGCUGGUGGUCAUCACCCGCCUCAUACACAAACACCUGGGACCCAACGUGACGGUGUACCCCGCCGUGGGAAACCACGAGAGCACGCCCGUCAACAGCUUCCCCCCGCCCUUCGUCCACGGCAACCGCUCGACCGCCUGGCUCUACAACACCAUGGCGGAGGAGUGGUCGCCGUGGUUACCGGAGGAGGCGCUGAAGACCCUGAGGUACGGGGGCUUCUACACGGUGAGGAUUCAGCCCGGCCUCAGGGUGGUUUCCCUCAACAUGAACUUCUGCGCGCGGGAGAACUUCUGGCUGAUGGUGAACUCCACGGACCCGGCGGACCAGCUGCAGUGGCUGGUCCAGGUGCUGCAGGCCAGCGAGGACAAGGGGGAGAAGGUGCACAUCAUCGGCCACAUCCCACCAGGCCUGUGUCUGGGCAGCUGGAGCUGGAACUAUUACCACAUCGUCAACAGGUAUGAAAGCACAAUCACGGGGCAGUUUUUCGGACACACUCACUUGGAUGAGUUCCAGAUGUUUUACGACGAGGAGACGAUGACGCGGCCGCUGGGCGUGGCCUUCAUCGCCCCCAGCGUCACCACCUUCAUCAACCUCAACCCCGGGUACCGGGUGUACUACGUGGACGGGGAGUACCCCAGCAGCUCCCGGCUGGUCCUGGACCACGAGACCUUCAUCCUCAACCUGACGGAGGCCAACCCGCAGACGAACCCCCGGUGGACUCGUCUGUACCGGGCCACCGAGGCGUACGGCCUGGCCGGCGUCUCCCCCGCCGACCACGACCUGCUGCUCAACACCUUCCUGAAGGACGACGGCGUCUUCCAGAGGUUCUGGUACUUCACGCACAAGGGCCACGUGUCGGAGGUCUGCAAGGAGCAGUGCAAGACCACCACGCUGUGCCUGCUGCGCGGCGGCCGCUCCGACCAGCUGCAGCAGUGCGAGCACCCCGGGGCCCUCGGGGGGGACCGUGUCAGGAAAACCCUGUGUUGACCUGGGGGGGCGGGGCUACGCCGGGGGGCGGGGCUAAAGCAAUAUACCAAAUAUGAGCCAAAAGGUCUUGAACACAGGUUUCUGAGUGAGAAUUAUGUUUGAGUCCCUUCAGGUGUGGGAGCCGUUCCUCGGUCCUGCCGUAGCGGCCUUAGAUCUACUGAAUGUUGUUUUUUUUAGUGCCAGUUGUGGACAAACUAUGUGAAAACUGCCCUGAAAGACUGGUGGGGGGCGUUAGCGCUGACCCGGGUCCGUCUGGUCCGUCCGCCCUCCAGACGCCAGGGGGCGAGUUAAUCAUCUUUAUCAGCAGUUGUUCCACACGUCCUCAAAUCUUGUGAAUUUUGGAGCCACAGUAAGUUGUCAGGUGUUGCUGCGGUAACGUCGCUGCAUCCAGGUGAUGGCGUUACCUUGGCAACGUCCUCUGCAUCCAGGUGAUGAUG